AAAGGCAACAAAAACCCAGUAAGUGCAAGCGAUGUAAUGCUUUACGGGUCGCGCGGCGCUCGGCGCAGGCCUGAGCGUAUCGACCGCGCUCAGCUCCGGGCAUCAUUCCACCAGUAGUCAUGCGCGAGACAUUACCUUACUGUGCCAUCGACCGUGUGUACUGGGAGUGACGAUGGAGAAAAGGAUCUAGGACCUAAUACCAGGCAAAAUGUUGUCUAGAUCAGACAGCCAGCGGCCAUAGUGAAAUGACAAUACAUAUAAUAAAGUGCGGGGAGCGCUCAUGAGACAGUCGUGCCAUCGUCUGCUCGAACACCAGCAGGCAGGCGAGGAGGAGCCGCCGCUUUAUUCGCCCAUUGACCGAAUUUCAGUGGUACCAGAUCAUGUGGCCCGGGAGGCUGACACCAAGCUGACCAGAUAUGCGACGACGGAAGAAGACGAAGCCACUCUGAGGGAGCUACUACUUAGCCUACAACGACAGGUCAGCGUGAUGAGCAUGAACCUCUCGCAGAAGCUGGACGACCUGCAGCGAGGCGACCGCCAGCUGGAGACGACGGUGGCCCUCUGCGAGAUCCGCACCCAGCUGCAGGAGCUCACCAAGAGCGUGGAGUCAUGCCAGAGCGAGGUGUCCGAGGUGAAACGUGACAUGGUCGCCAUCAAGCAAGAGCUGGACACCGUGCAGCAGGUCAAGGAGGAGAUUGAGGAGCUGCGAGAGUACGUCGAUCGGCUGGAAGAACACUCGCAGAGGCGGAAGCUGCGGCUGCUCGAACAGGGUUUGACUUUCUUCCUCUCCUACGCCAUCUUGGCCGCUGUGCUUGGCAUGCUUCAGUUCGGAUACAACACUGGCGUCAUCAAUGCUCCCGGCAGGAAUAUCGAAAACUUCAUGAAAGACGUUUACAAAGACCGCUACGGGAGAGACAUCACAGAGGAGACGGUCAAGCGGCUUUACUCCAUCGCGGUCAGCAUCUUCGCUAUCGGCGGCAUGCUAGGCGGGUUCUCGGGCGGCAUGAUCGCUAACCGGUUCGGAAGGAAGGGCGGUCUGCUACUCAACAACAUCCUGGGCAUCAGCGGCGCCAGUCUCAUGGGCUUCACCAAGAUCUCCCACUGCUACGAGAUGCUGUUCUUCGGGCGGUUCAUCAUCGGAGUCAACUGUGGACUGAACACUUCCCUUGUGCCAAUGUACAUAUCCGAGAUUGCUCCCCUGAACCUGCGAGGUGGCCUCGGCACCGUGAACCAGCUGGCUGUGACCGUCGGCCUGCUGCUGUCGCAGGUGCUGGGCAUUGAGCAGAUCCUUGGCACUGACGACGGCUGGCCUAUCCUCCUUGGUCUGGCCAUCUGCCCCGCCAUCCUGCAACUGUUGCUGCUGCCGGCGUGCCCCGAGUCACCGAGAUACCUGCUCAUCACGAGGCAGUGGGAGGAGGAGGCCCGUCGCGCCCUCAGGCGGUUGCGGGCUAGCAACCAGGUGGAAGAGGACAUCGAAGAGAUGAGGGCGGAAGAGCGGGCGCAGCAGGCGGAGGCCUCCAUCUCCAUGCGGGAGCUGCUGUGUUCUCCAACUCUUCGGGCGCCCCUGCUCAUCGGCGUGGUGAUGCAGUUGUCCCAGCAGCUGAGCGGCAUCAACGCGGUGUUUUACUACUCAACGUCCUUGUUCACGUCUUCGGGACUCACGGAGGAGGCGGCCAAGUUCGCCACCAUGGGCAUCGGCGCCAUCAUGGUCGGCAUGACCCUUGUAUCACUGCCACUUAUGGAUCGCACUGGACGGAGGACACUUCACCUGUACGGGCUCGGCGGCAUGUUCAUCUUUUCAAUCUUCAUUACAAUUUCAUUUUUAAUAAAGGAAAUGAUUGACUGGAUGAGCUACCUGUCCGUGGUGUCCACGCUGAGUUUCGUGGUGUUCUUCGCCGUGGGACCCGGCUCGAUACCGUGGCUGAUCACGGCGGAGCUGUUCUCGCAGGGGCCGCGGCCGAGCGCCAUGGCCAUCGCUGUGCUGGUCAAUUGGAUGGCCAACUUUGUCGUCGGCAUCGGCUUCCCUAGCAUGAAGGCGCUACUGGAAAACUAUACAUUCCUGCCUUUUAGUGUAUUCCUUGCAAUUUUUUGGAUAUUUACGUAUAAAAAAGUUCCUGAGACGAAAAAUAAGACGUUCGAAGAAAUUUUGGCCCUCUUUAGAAACUCCAACGGGAGUCUCAGAGCAAUCGUCGGGUGCGGGCGACGCGGGCCGCCCCCCUCCGCCCCUCCCGCCGCCCCGCUUCCCGGCCCCGGGCAACGUCUGACAAUGGGAUCCCCCCGCGCGCGCGCCGCUCGUCGCUCCCAUAAAGGCCGCAGCCAACUUCUUGUUUCAUGGACUGAGGCGCAAUGCAGCCCGUGCCCCUAUCACCACACAACAAAUGUUCUAAAUCUAUGUGAUUAGGUAUAAUAGGCUAAGUCACGAGCGUUAGCGUUAGAGAGGGCGGAGAGUUCUGCUGGAGUCGCGGGGUGGCUUGGAGUCUCACAUGGCGACCUUGUGAGAACGAUUACACAUAUAUUUCAUUAGCAUUUUUUUAUUAUCAGCAAACCGAAGAUAGUGACUAAUGAUGUUAACCCUUGCGAUUCUUUUAUUGUUAUUGAAAGAAGUGCUAUAAGAAAUGUUUUACAAAAUUAUUUUUUUCUUAAAGUAUUUUUAUAUUAUUUUGAAUCUAGCACUUAGUUACAGACUCAGCUACCAGUAAGCGUGAAAAAACUUUAAGAAAAAACUAAAAUUGUUCGAAACGUUUAAAAAAAAUCAAUGAGGCACGCCAUCUAGUGAGAUUUCACGGCAGAUUCCUUUGACUGUAGCACUAUUAUGACUUCGCUCUCUGGUUAGUGUCAUUUUAUGACUCGCAUAGGUAUAAAGAGCCAUGUCGAAUAGUAUCAUGGAAAUUUUACUGAUGGCUCCACGGUGAGCUAAAAAAGGACUAGCUUCUGACAUUUAUAUUAAUGUUAAUAAGGUUAACACCAAAAUUAUCACUUGUAACGUAAAACACACUGCUACUUUUGUGAUAUUCUAUGUUUUGUAACACAAAAUAAUUGUAAAUUUAGUACUUUUGUGUUAUAUUUGCGCAACAAAAAUAGCAGGGUUUAACUAUAUUUACUUUUAUGUUGCAAUUUCUAAUUUUGGUGGCGUUACCUAUAUAAUAUAUAAGAGGCGAAUUCAUUAUAAAAUAGUAGAUUUUUAUUGGAUACACGUAGGGCGCGGUUUCGAUCAGUUAUAAUUGCCGCACGGGUUAUAUGCCAACUAAAUCUAUGUAGAAACAAUAUUGUACCAGGUGCGGAGCAGUGGGGAAACCCACACGUAUAGAAUACGAUGUAAAUAUGCUGUGACGUUGUUAUGUUUUUUUACAAUAUGUAUUUUAUUGUUUAUUGUGUACAUGUUCUUUUUACUCAUUGUUAUCACUACAUUAAGUCAUAUCUCGAAGGAAAGUCUAUUAAUGUGUGUAUGCGUGUCAGCGAGCGGAAUUGACUAUUAUCAGCAACACCCGCUACGCUCCGAUUUCUGUUCGUUUCUAGUAUAGGAUAAAUUAUUUUAUUGUUAAUGUAACUUUUACGAUUUUUGUUAAGAUUUUUUACGUAAAGCUUAUAAAGUACGCCCCUCGUCGGACACACGUUUAUUUUCCAUCAGCUACGGCUCCUUUGACUGAAUAUCAGUAGCUUUUUGACUGAACUUAUAGUAUCUUAGAAGACCUUCUAGCAAAAAAAAAACGAGAGAUUGACAAAAUGAAAUAUCGGCACAACUGUUAUCGAAGCAAUAAAUAAAAAAUGAAAUUCGCCGAAAUGUUACAAGACCAUAAAUCAAAUGCAAAUCGACAUAUAAAUUUCCCCCACUACUUAAAUAGUACCUACCUGACUAUAAAUACGAAAAAUACUGUAAAUAGUAGGUACUAGGUACCCUAAAAUCUUUGAAAAAUACGAAUAUAUUAAAGAAGAUAGGCUACUACUAUUUCGCAGCAGGUACAUAUUUAUAUUUUCUUAAACGAUGCUAGUUAUUGUCUGUAGAGUUGAGGUUCUUGAGGUAUCUACGUAUCGAUAACAGCUAUGUCGAUAUUUCAUUUUGUCAAUCUCUCGUUUUGGCUAGAAAAUGUUCUGGGUCUAAUUCUUAGUCACCAUAGAACAAACUCUUUUUGUAAUACACUCAUAUUUGCAAGGCCGCAUAUUUUAUAAUUUCUCGACUAUUACAAGGAAUUGAAAUAAAUAUUAAAUGGUUUACUAAAUACUCUACGUAUCUUGUACAUAUUUUAUAUAAUAGACUUAUCACAAAUUAAAUUAUAAAGCUUAUUGUGACUAAAGGUCAAAAGGUGUAUUAUUUUGUAUAAAGUCAAUAACUUAUAAAAAUAUAACAAAUAAAAAUAUUAAUGAAUAACAUUUAAAUACUAAAGACAAAUGAAAACGUGAAAUCUACGAAUCAAAUAAAUAAUCUAGAAACGAUAAGAAAUAUGCAACUUUGCAAAAUCAACAAGCUUAAGUUUAUUAAUCAAAAUGUUCGCUCAAAAUGUUACUCGAUGUCACGUUGAAUAAGAAUAGGGUUUUUGUAGCAUCACUACCCUAUCUACAGAUGUAGUGCAAAAUUGUUUUCCAUCGUAUUUUCUCCGAAACCUUCGUCGUAUUUGUCAUGCUACUUCAGUCAACCUCAGUAAUUUUUAUACCGAGACUGACUGAAAUAGCAAGACACGUUCGUAAGUUUCCGUGAAAAUAUGAUGGAAAAUAAUUAUGCGCUACAUCUGUAUAUGAUACUGCUGUAAGAAUCCGUACAGCAAACGGUACCUUGGGUUGUCAUAACUUCAUAAGUAGACGUUUGAAAAUUCGGGGCAAGAUUUUUUCUUAUACUUUUCACGUCUAAUACACUCAAUGAAUAUUUUCCUAUCACUUAUAUAAUUAUAUUAUUCUUCUUGUUCCUACUAUCGAACUGAGAAUGAAUCUGUACAUCUACUUUGCGAAGCUAUACUCUGUAUUUUUAGGUAUUUGAAUAAAAGUAAACAAUGUAUACAUUUUCGGGUAGUUAACAUUUAUUGUAUACCUCCUUACUUACUACUUACUUGGUUGGCGCAGUGACCCAAAAUGAAUCUUGGCCUCCAACACAAGAGCGCGCCACUUUGAUUGGUCCAGAGCGAACAUUUAUUGUAUGACCAACCAAAUACAAAAUUAACCACCUGGAUCUGUCACUGUACGACCUGUCUUUAACCUACAUUAUUUGAUCCUGGAAUGUUUUCAUCUACCCUCAACUGGCUUAAGGAGCCGUUUCACGGUAGAUUUUGUUUUCUUUUAUUUAAAUAUUUGAUACAGUCUAUAGAAUUUGUCUGACUUUACACAUCUAAUUACCAAAGAUAUACCAUUAAUUAAUUAAUUACCAAAUGUGAUAGAGGUGAGUGAUGCUACAUCGGUAUAUUUAUUAGUAUGGGGUUAAGUAUUACCACAGGGUUGUAGUCAAUUGUUCGUCCACGCAUCUGAACACUGCUCAAUUCAAGUUAAGACUUUGUCUGGUCGGCGUCGCUGCCAAAUCGGCGUAGCGCUGUACGCUUACAAUUGUGGGAUCCAUAUCGGGGCUGGUCCGUUCAUAUCACCUGUAAUGUGAGUCAAAUAAUCAUACUAUCAUAGCCAUAAUCGCCUUUUUAUAUCAUUUAUUGACACAUUUUAACAUUUUCUUAGAAAGUAAUCGUAUUGUUUGAAGGAAUUGUGAAUACAGUGUCUUAGAAACGCCUGAACAUAUUUAAAAAACUAAAGAUUUUUUGUCACAAUUCAUAUUACAGGUGACUUUACUGAUACAUUGGUCUGAGCCGAUCGAGAUAUAUACGCAUGUUCUGUACAGGGGGCGUAUGCAAGGGCUAGGCCCACGGAGGUCGCUGACUUCUACAAAUAUUUAAAUUUAUACAUAUAUAAGAAUGGCUAGUAGACGUGAGCGCCGACUAUACCUAUUUUGCAGCGUCGAUUGCGGCGCGUCGUUUGCUUCUGUUGCACUGCACGAGCGGCAAUUUUUGGAGUAGACGCCGACGACGCUAAAUUUCGGCGCGCACGUCUAAAUAUCUUACUGUUUUUAAUCAGGACUGUACCUAUAGCAAUAAAGACCUUGUACGCCCCUUACACGUCGUCCGGGUUGUACAACAAAAAAAAAACAAUCUGGAUUCGCAGUGGGUCACCGUGGAUAGCCCGUUUCCGUAAUCUGUCUCCUUCACAAAACCGUAAAAUACGUGUGGGGGACAAGCACGGCACUAGAAUAAGUUGGUACACUCGACAAUAUGAAAUAGAAACCGAUUUAAUUUGUAACAUGUAAGAACCAGGUCCCAAAGCCACACUUAUUUGAAUAUGGACCUAAAGUCGUAUUAAUAAGGUUCGUUUUGCGAAGGGUUUGCGGCGUUUGGGGCUGGGUUAAUCUCGAAUAGGUUUAUUCGUCGGGAAGUUAAACAUUGUAAGGCUGACAAAGAUAUUUGUUAUGAUAUUUAGUUGUAUAAGUUUUGUAAUUUCACAACUUAUCGAUUUAAGGGAUUUAAAAAAGACUUAACUCAACUGUUCUGCCAGAAACUAGUUAUAAAACAUUGUUUUGAGUUCUAAUUACUUAAAAAAAAUGCUACUUUACUUAACCCUUUACCAGACUAACAGUUCAGAUAUGACUAUCAAAUGUCAGUCUUACUCAUUGAAAAUAGAACACAUGUUUGAAGUGCUGUAUGUGGGAAAUAUGUUUCCCUUAGCCUAGUAAAGGGUUAAAAUAAUAUGACUCUAUUUGCCGGGUAUAAAAACCGAAGGACAGAUAUCUUUGUUGGUCAACUGCUACCAUAAUGUUACUGUCAGCAUAAUGUUACAGUAACAUUGUAACUGCGAACAUAAUGUUACUGCGAGAGCAUCGUCAGGCGUGACAAGUUUGUCUACUGUGUGUAAGCUUGGGUAAAGACAGGGCCACUUGCGAGUUCUGGGGUUAGCUAACGGUUAAGGUUAACGGUUAACUAAAGGUUAGCUAACUAACUCGGGUUUAACUGUUUGUACAAGGUUAAAAUGUACUGUAUAAACGGUUAACUCCAAGUAAGUUGGCUAACCCUGAUACGCGAAAGUGGCCCUAACCUAUUCUGACUGUUUUAUUUUCUCAUUGCUUUUUUUAAAACGAGGUAUUAGUAAACUAUAUUAGCUGCUGGCAUUUUCAAGUUGGACCAAAAAGUCUAAAUCACGCAAAGUAUGUUUUGUAAUUUAUUUUUUAAAUUCAUACAUAUUCUAAUUAAUGAUUAUUUCUGUGAUUAAGUGAUUUGCGUGUCGAGAAACAUGCCGGAAAGAAAAACAGCUUGUAACUUAGCGACCUAUAUCGAAUAGCGCGAAUGGCAUUUGGUCUAAAAACGCAGCCAGUCUUUACCCAACUUGCGGAGUUGUCGUAACGUUUGCUCUUUGUCUUCGAGACUAAACGUAUCGAUGGAUAUGUUGAUAAAUUUAUCACACCGACUCACCAGCGAGUGGUCGCGGAACGAGAAGUGAUGCUUAGGCUGUGCAUAUACCACUAUACAUAUGAAUCGAUAUGAUAUAACAAUAAGAUAACCUGAGCCCUCGCUGGAAGCAAUAGUUUUAAGGUUUAUAAGUUUUUUGGAGUCAACUCCAGUACACAAACGAAAUCCCUUCUUCCAGGCGUAGUUACCAUUAGAAUAGACCGUUCAACGGAGGAGCGUGCCCUGAUCCCGUGAGGGUUCUGUACUAAGUCCUCGUUGGCUAGUAUAAAAGCGCAAAGACAAUUUUUGUCGCACAAUUCGGCACAAAUUCGGCUUUUGCCCAACACAACAUCGUGUUCUGUUACGGCUUUAGGUAUAUGUGUGUUUUCGCGGCGAACGUACGACUCUGUAUGAUUUGAUCUCUUUCGUUUAAUGAUGUAUUGUGUUUGAGGAUGAUCAGAAAUAUUAAAGUGUGCUGACUUGAGAACGACUAUAAUCAAACCAGUAAAAGUUGACAGUAAAAGUUUUUUGCAAAUUACCAUUUGCAGUAAGAAAAAGAUGGUCCUGGAAAUUGGGAAACAGUCUCCCAGUUGACCCUUUACCAGUUCGAAAAUGACAAUCGAAUAGUUUUCGAAAAUAGAAAACAUGCAUGUUUGAAGUGCCGUAUGUGGGAAAUAUAUAUUCCUUAGCCUGGUAAAAGGUUAAACUGUUAAUCAGUACAAAAAGAUUGCUUGAUUUCCAAGUCAUUUUUUAUUUUCUUUGUCUCUCGUUGAAUAUUUGUAAAAAAGUAGUUAUACAUUUAUACAUUGAGUCGUACGCCGCCGUAGCUUCGCAUGUUAUGACAGGUAAAAUGUAAGUCCUUAGUGUAAUGGUUGUAUGUGACGAACCCUGAGUCUUUACCCGAAUAAGUUUGCUAUAAGCAGUCGAUCGCUAGCGUACGUUUGCGUUCGCAUCAGUUAAACAUUCCAUUUCUAACCGCAGCUGCACUACCGGUACUGAACGCGUCGCUGUUAUUGUCAAUUUCCAUAGUAAAAUUGACAGUAGUGCAGCUGUCGUUGGGAAUGGAAUGCUACCCUUAUACUUAUUGAGGCUGACUGAAUUAGCAUGACGAAUGACAAAUACGAAUGUUUCCGAGAAAAUACGAAGGAAAACAAUUAUGCACUACAUCUGUAACAUAGUGGCUUUUCUAUCUUGAAAGAAAUGAGCUAUCACUUGCUAGAAACUUUCUUGGAGGCCUAAAGAAAAUUUAUUUUUGAAUAGUAUGAUUUUGCGGUCAGAGUUUUAAGUACAGUUUAAAGUAAUUUUACUCUUACCCGACUAAGUGACUUGUGUUAUUCACUAGGAAUCAAGUUUAAAAAGAAUAAUACAUUUUUAAUACAAUAUCUUUUUCACAAACUAAUUUUGUCUAUUUUUGGUACUUGUGUACUUACCGUACAGCUGUAGUGCACAAUUAUUUUCCAUUGAAUUUUCACGGAACGGACGAUGGACAACAAUUAUGCACUAUAUCUGUACUCGCUUCGCUCGGUAGGCGAUGUAGUUUUUUUUACAUAUUUUACGUCACCUAGCGAUUGACUGUCACUCCCUUAUGAUUUAGAUUCCCAUUAUUACAGCACUUAUAGCCAAAAUCAUCUCACACCGAAGUAAAUUAAGGGCAGCCUCACACACAACCUAAAUGCGAUAAUGAAAUAAAAUAACCUAAGAAUACCGCACAGAAGCGACAUUUCUGUCCACGAGUUUACGCAAUAUUAAAACAGCGACAUCUUUCACAGACCCACUACCACCAGUUUUUACAUUGACAGAUACGCUCGCGUCUACGUAACUUACUUUCUAUGCAUCUCGCUCGUACUCGCAUAUUAGUGCAAGCGAGAUGAAUAGAAAGUAAUUUACGUAGAUGCGAGCGUAUCUGCCAAUGUCAAAACUGGUGGUAGUGGUUGAGGUCCACUUUGUCAAUUGUCAAUAACUAACCGAUGCUGAGGGUCUACCGCGAAUCACGAAAAACGAAAUUUCGUUAUCUGUUUCUCUAUCACUAUUUGCACAUUCGAACGAUAGUGGGGUAGAUAAUGAUAUUUCGAUUUUCCUGUUUCCCGGUAGACCCUUAGUUUGCGUGUUUAGCGCCAUUGACAAAGGAGAAAGUGGUUUCUUUUGUGUACAAACUGUCAAGAUUGAGAAAUUGUCAAUUGCCAAUCUUUCUAGAUUCAUCUAGAUUUUUUUCCGAAGUUUUGGAAUGACAAUAUCGCAUUAGUACGGCUAGCAUCAGUUUGGCAUUGACAUAAACGCUAUCGUGAACGUAAUUUACUUUCUACAUAUCUCUUUUGCACUAAUAUGUCAGUACGAGCGAGAUGCAUAGAAAGUGAAUUACUUUCACGAUAGCGUUUAUGUCAAUGCCAAAUUGAUGGUAGCCGUAUAGGGGCUGCUACGUUGAAUAGUAUUAAGUGCGAGCAUAAUGUGCAGGGCCGUCUUUAACUAUGCUGGGGCCCUUGGGCACAUAAGAAUUUGGGGCCCUUUCGGUAAAGAAAGCGAAUUAAAGUAACAUUUUUCUACUACGGUCUUCUAUUUAUUAUGGGUAAUCAAAUAUAUGCCCUGGGUACGGGCCCCGUGUGCCCUUAUGGUAAAGACGGUACUGAUAAUGUGUUACUUGCAUUUAGUAGCAAUUGAAAGAAAUCACACCAAAAACUAUUAAAUGUGUAGUCCCUUUAGUGAAAGAACAUUAUGUUAAUUGUAGCUUUCUAUUUUUCCCCGGGUAGAGUAAAGUAUCUUGCUCUUCGCCCAUUUGCCCUUAAGGGGCCCACUGAUUAACAGUCCGCCGGGCGGUAUCGACCUGUCAGUUAGAACAAAAUUUUGACAGUUAUGAACAACUGACAGGCCGAUACCGUCCGGCGGACUGUUAAUCAGUGGGCCCCUUUAUGAAAGAAAGAAGUUAAUGCAGCUACACUAAGGGCUCAUUUAGACGCCGCACUGCCCCGCGCUGCCCUGCGCUUCUAUUUAAUUUAUAGGUAUAGUUACCUACAUUGCGGACUAUUGAGGUUACAUCCUAUUCAGCCGGCCGAUGAAAUACCUCAAUGUAAAGAAACUCUUAUGCGAGUUCUCGCAUCGUCUUAAUGAGCCCUAAUGCUGUAUAAUUAUAUCGGAGGAUUAUUAAAUAUUAGCUUGAUGGCGUUAAUGUCGUUUCUGUGCGUAUUACUAAUUAUUCUUACGGUAAUAUCUAACAAACUAGAUUUAGGGAGCACCGUGAUUUCAAAUAAUAUCUCGAGGCUUAGGCAAUGCGAUACUGCCUAGUCUUAUAAAAACAAUAUUCUAAAAUGAGUAAUAAUAUUUUUAAUGUUAAUGUACUUACAAGUAUUGAGAGUUUAGUUCAAUAUUACGUUUUUUAUGUAAUUGUAGUUAUAUUUUUAAUUAGUUUAGUGCUUGAACGCGGGGCGGGGCUUGGGUGCCGUGGCGGUGCUUGUUUUUGAAAGAAUUAAAUGUUGUAAUGAAUUUAAAAAGGGGAGAUAAAGUUCGUUUUUUAGCAUUAUAAAUAAGGUAAGCGAUCUUACAUGAUUUUUAAUUGAAAAACGCUAAAAAAAAAUCUGUAACUAUUACUUAUGAAAGCAGAAGAAUAUAAAUGACCAUAUUAUAUGUAUUCAUAAUUGUUACAUAUUUGCCGUGGCUUAUUUUUAAAACGUGUUUAACAAUUAAAAGACACAUCAAGAUUGUUUACCUUUUUUCUAAUGCUAAUAAAACAAAUAAAUAGGUACGUUCAAACAUCAGAAUUCUAAAACGUUCGGAUGGGGUUCAAAUAAUACAGGGGCAAUAUGAACUAGUAUGUAACCGUCAUGUUCAAUUUGCUCCGAGAAAUAUUUAUUAACAAUGCUCUUGAAUAUUAAGUCUUAAAAAAUCUUAAAGUAUCUUACAAAACAGGUACUUAUAAAUAUUUAUGGGAGAUAUUUUUGUUCGCAUCUAUGAUUUCAGAAUUUAUAAAAAGUUGAUAAAAAUUCAGUUCUUUCUUUUAUUUUUGGAUGGCGUUAUAAGUACAAAUAAUAGAUGGGACGAACGCAAGUUUAUGUCGAAAGAAUACAUGCGAGGGGACUGAGUGAGACAAAAAAAAACCAGGAAGUCGUGCGCCCGCGUUCUCGCUCUAACCUACGGACAAUAUUAAGUUUAAGUUGGUGGCAAAUCUCAAUCGAUAAGUUCUAAACUAGAUUUGUAAUGGACCUUCGGGUGUGUAAAUAAAGUUUAUUUUAGCGUGACGCGAGCAAUGCAAUUUUAGAGCUGUGGGAGAGAAUUGGGCGUAGCGGAGUUAAUAUUAAGAUGAUAACAAAUGUAGUUAUAUUACUAAUAAUAAUUUGUAAAAUAUGAUUUAAAUAUUAAGAUAAGUAUAAUAUUCAUAAAUAUGAGAACAUUGGUUGAUUUAUGUUGCCUAUGACUGUCGGUUGUUUUUUUCAAAGAAUAUGACAAAUUAUUGUAUUUUAGCGGCUAAGUAGGUAUAUACACUACAGAAGCGUCUCAAUUAUUGAGUAAGUAUGUAAGAAAUUAUAUGACUUGUCAUAGGUCACAGCGCUUAUGUCGCAUGCUCGUAUCUUAAAGCGUAUAUGACAUUCGUCUUAUAAUUCCUUACAUUACAACAUUUACAACCAGUGUGUGAACACGCGUUAGGAGAUGCAUUGUUACGCAUUAUAUGUAGUGGGCGUUUUUUCGUUUAUGUGAGGGAUGAGGGCUUAGGCUUCCGAACAUGAAAAAAAUAAAUAUAUCAAAACCUUAAUAGGUAUAAAUGGAAGCCUUGGUACUAAUGGAAAAGUGUCAAAAUACACAUGUGUGUGUGUGUGUGUGUGGGAUACAUCCAAAAAUAUUUGCUCAUAAUGUGUGAUCGUGAUAAGAAGUCGAACUUCUUUUUCUAAAACAAAAUGCACUUAUUAUCAGGCCCACUUGCACCAUUCCGCUAACCCGGGAUUAAUCAGUUAAACCGUUAACCUAAUGUAAAAUUGUACUGGUAACCAUGGUAACGCCAGGUUUAACCGGUUAACCCCAGGUUAGUGGAAUGGUGCAAGUGGGCCUGAUUGAUUUUGCAUACAAAUAUUUUAAUUAAAGAUUGGGGUAAACGUUUCAAUUACUGACACUCUUAUUGAUAAGUCCAAAGGAAAACAGUAAUUCAACCGUCAAGAAUUUUGAGUGCCAAAAGCGAAUGAGGCGUUUACCUUAUUUUGUUAUGGCUGCUCUACACGAUGGGCCAGCGCCGGCCACUCCAAGGGACGCAGCCAUGCGUUAGGAUUAGAUAGCAAUAUCACUUGCUCCCUCUAACGCAUUAAUGCGUCCCUUGGAGUGGCCGGCGCUGAGCCAUCGUGUAGGGAAGCCAUUACAUGCAAAAUUUGUUCUGGUUAUACAUACAUAACAUAGGUAUAUACUUUUAUUUGAUACCUUAAGCUUAGUUUAAAUCUUUAGAAAUAUUAUUUUUUAUGAUACAUAACAAAUAACCUAUUUUAAUUUGAAUAAAAUGUUUUAUUUGAAUGUGUAAAUGCGGAAAUCGAAAUAAAAUAUUACCGCGACGUCCAAGUGAAUAAAUGGAUAUUUAUGAUAGUAAAUGGUAUUGAUGGUUUAUUAUUAUAUUGCAGAUGUACAAGAAAUCGCGAAAAAAAGAAAUGGACAGCUAUAAAAUUGUAUUGGUCGGAGGGCUUAGUAUAGUCUAUAAUGUACUAUAUAAUGUCUUGUUGCCCAUCAUUGUUGCGAACGUUUCAUUUUCAAUCGUAUUACCAUGGAAUUAGGUUCAAUUUGGAAAUCGUUGCGUAGUAACAAAAAAUGUAUGAAUUCGUCAAGAAAGUUAAAACCACUGUAUUUGCAAACGCAUAACUUGUAUUGUAGGCUUCUGCAAAAAACAGCCAAGCCAGUCAAGAUUGGCCUAAGAGCGUUAUCACAUUGUCCGAUCCGAUAUCGGAUGUCAGAAAUAAUGUGUUUUUCUGUAUUUAUUUAUACAUUUAAUAAAGCAUCAUUACUAAUGGCUCCUCUACACGAUGGGCCAGCGCCGGUCACUCCAAGGGACGCAGCCAUGCGUUAGAAUGAGAUAGCAAUAUCACUUGCUCCCUCUAACGCAUAAAUGCGUCCCUUGGAGUGGCCGGCGUUGGCCCAUCGUGUAGAGGAGCCAUAAAAAACGAUAUACAAAAAAGCCGGACUUAAUGCAAACGACACUCUCCUGCAGCAGUUGAUAGGCGCCUUCCGACAUCCGAUAUCGGAAAGGCGCUUCCGAUAAAUUCUGCCAUGUCAGAGCCCCCCGUCAGCUGUCGGUCGGAUAAUUAUUGUUUGUGUGCGUAUGUUUAGGCAUAAUGCUUGUUGUAGUGUGCGUGACCGCUAAUGACGACGACGCCGGGCGUGGCCCCACGGCCUGACUACGCGGAUGUGGGAUCCUAACUCCGAUAUCGGAUCGGACAGUGUGAUAACGCUCUUGAGAGGGAAUGCGAUCGACGUCAAGCUGUCGCUAACGCAAAUGUCAAAUGCCAACUCGCGGUAGCCGUGCAGGUGACAAUGACAAUUGUGACUACGCUUACUCACUGCCACAUUGUUCUGUAGUCACUAUUCGCUGAUAACUUGAUAAUAAUGAUGCAUUCAACAUUCAAUACAGUUGUUAGUGUCACCUUUGUGAAAUUUGUGGAAAGUUUUGGCUAGAAUAAACUUAUGUCAUGUCAGUUAAAGCCAUUUUGCCAAUGCCAAGUAAUUUUGCAAAAGCAAUAGACAAUGAGGCCAAUUCAAACGUUUUGACAACAAAAUGAUAUUUAGCUGGUCUCAUUCGCCCCGUGUGUCUAGCUCGCGCUAAAGUACGAGCGAAAUGCGUACGUGAAUGAUAACUGAAUGACAUCAAUUAGACAUCAUUUUGAUGUCAAAGUGUACGUUCAAAUUUGCCGCUAUGUACAGUCGCCGUAAGAUAUAUAUGAGCGGCCAAGGUACUCACAAAUAUCUGAACACGCCUCUAUUGUCAAGGCGUUAGAGUGCGUGUUCGAGUGCGUGUUCAGAUAUUUUUGAGCACCUUGGCCGCUCCGGUAUAUUUGAUGGCGAUUGUACCUAACAGGAGCAAUUAUCAUUAUCAGUUAUCACUCAGUGGUGGGGUGUACAGUCAGCAGCAGAAGUUGCUAAGCGGACCAGGUGUUAAAAAUGAUCUUGACGCGACUUUAUUGUCAAGACAAUAAGAGCGCGUCAAGGUAAUUUCGAACACCUCGCCCGUUUAGCAACUAUUGCUGCUGACCGUACUGACGCCAGAACCCCUACUGUCAAUUUGAUAGCGUGACUGACGUCAUGGGCGCAACUUUAAAUCCCAUACAAAAUGAACUUAACGCAAACACGUACGUCACGUCAAGCUAUCGAAUGAAAUUUACACUAGUACGACUACCACCAGUUUUGACAUUGACAGAUACGCUCGCGUCUACGUAAAUUACUUUCUAUACAUCUCGCUUGUACUAAUAUGCGAGUACGAGCGAGAUGCAUAGAAAGUAAGUUAUUUAGACGCGAGCGUAUCUGUCAGUGUCAAAACUGAUGGUAGUGGUUUAGGGGUACUUAGCAACGGAGGUCGCAAAGGACAAGAUUUAAACUGAAAUACGUUACAUGUCCGUAUUUGGGUCACAAACUUACAUAUGUGUACCAAAUUUCAACUUAAUUGGUCCAGUAGUUCCGGAGAAAAUCGGCUGUGACAGACGGACAGACAGGCAGACAGACGCACGAGUGAUCCUAUAAGGAUUCCGUUUUUUCCGUUUGAGGUACGGAACCCUAAAUAAUCAGACAUAGAAGUUUUUGUGGCAAAAACGAGUGUUUAAGAAAAUGAAACAUCAAUAAAUCUGUUAUCGAUAAGUCAUAGGUAGAUUAAUAUGUAAAAUAUGUAACUUCAACUUGCUUUUAGGUAAGUAACCGAGAAAUUUCAAUAAUGCAAAUUACAAAGCGGUACAUAAUUCAUUUAUUACAUAUAUUUAGUAGGUACAUAAAAAAUAUAACGUAAACUGUAGUAUACAGUGCCAAAAGAAUAGAAAACUACCAAUAUAUCAAAAGAGAAGGAGAUAUCGAACGUGUAUUUCGCGGUAGCUAUCUUCUUAUAAAAUACAUAUAAUAAAUAUCUAAGUUAUAACGUUAAGGUAGGUACGUAACACCGAUAAUAGACAUGUCGAUAUUUUAUUUUGUCACUCACUUUAUUUUGCUCAAUAACUUCUAUGUCUGAAAAUACCUACCUAAACUCCAAAUGUAAAACUUCUGUCAUAGAUUUUCACACCUGGCUUUGAUUCUUAAUGGCUCCUCUACACGAUGUGCC